GAACCCUAUUCACACCUGGGCCAGGCUGCGGUGGCCAGGACCGGUUUGGGAAGGCAGGGCCCUCGGACACGGGGGCCCAGAGCCUGCAGCCACAGCCUCCUGCCUGUGCACAGGCAUUCAGGAGCAUCUCGGUGUGGGAGCCUCUGCUGCCUGCCCUGCUGGGACUCUGCCCUCACCCCCAGCACCAUGAAGCUGCAGAUGUUCUGGACUGGGCUGGAAUAUACCUGCCGGCUCCUGGGCAUCACCACUGCUGCAGUGUUGAUCGGCGUGGGCACCGAGACCUUCCUCCAGGGCCAGUUCAAAAGCCUGGCUUUCUAUCUGCUGUUUACAGGAGCUGCCGUCUCGAUGUGUGAAGGAGCCUACUUUGUGGCUCAGCUGCUGGCCAUCUGCUUCCAGUGUCAGCCAGGGUCCCUGGCCAGCAGAGCAAGGGAGAAGGCCCACUGGCUGGGCUGCUUCCAGAAGUUCCUGGCCUACAUGCUGCUGUCGGUGGCCUGCUUCCUCCACCCUGUCCUGGUCUGGCACGUGACCAUCCCAGGCUCCAUGCUCAUCGCCACAGGCCUGGCCUACUUCCUCCUGAGCAAGCGGAAGAAGAGAAAAGCUGCCCCCGAAGUGCCAGCCUCCCCAGAACAGUACACAGACCCCUCUGGCAGCGCCGUGAGCACCACUGGCUCUGGGGACACUGAGCAAACCUACACCUUCCACGGGGCCCUCAAGGAGGGGCCUAGCUCCCUCUUCAACCACAUGAAGAGCAUCCUGAAGGGGACCAGGAAGCCCAGCCCCCUCCCGCCCCCAGACACCCUGAUGGAGCUGACCCUGGAACCAGCUGACUCCUUAGCCAAGAAGAAGCAGGUGCACUUUGAAGACAACGUGGUCAGAAUCAUCCCGUCCCUGGCCGAAGGGCUGGAGGAUGGAGACAGUGAGCCUGAGGAGACCACCUCUGACACGACCCCCAUCAUCCCUCCCCCCCAGGCUCCGCUUUUUCUGUCCUCUCUCGCUGCCACCGGCCUGUACUGAGCUGCUUGAUCCAGCCUGGGGGACACUGAGUGAGGGGUCUGCAGAGAUCCACGGCCCUGCC